AUGACCUCACAGCCUGUUAUAGUGACCACUGGAAACGUGAACUCCCUGACUGAAAUUGUCACUAAACGUCACAAGAACUCUGCUGAAGAAGUCCAAACUGCUUUGAAACAUUAUGCAGAUAUUGGAAAGCAGUUUGUUCUCGAGAAAGGUGUCUUUGCACCUUCUCAAGACGAGCAGGUUAACUAUGCUGCUUCAGAUAUGAAAAUUACUUUGAAGGUAUUCUUAUCAGAAUUCUCUCCAAAAGAAAUUCAAUCAGCAGUUAGCAGCUUUUUAGCUUUUCAUUCCGUUACUUCCGUUUCUCAACUGAUUGUCUCGUUCCCAUAUCUUAUCGCUGAGGAUUUAUCCGACGAGGAAUGGUUAGGAGAGGUGCUGAAUGUUUGGGCAAUAAUGGAAUCAUUGGUAGAUGAAGGAGUAGUUCAUACCUUAGGAGUCGCUGAUCUGGAUGUUGAUCGUAUGAAACUUCUGACAGACAAUGUGAAGAAAUAUCGUCCAAGCAUCAAUCAUUAUUCUAUCGAUGGGUGUUGUGCUGUAGCUUCGGAAUUAUCAGACUUUGCUAAGCAGCAUGACAUUCAAUUACUCACUCACAACGAUUGCCGUUCUUUGGCUUUCCCCGAAACACUGAAAUCACUUGUAUCAACGAUUGUCGGUCAGAAUCUCGACGCUCACCACGAUGGCUGGGCUUCCAGAUAUACAAUCUGGGUUCGCAGUCGAAGUGUUUUGGCCGAAAAAGGAUUUUUUGUUCAAUUUAAACUAUAA